AUGGCCAGUUGUCAAACAUCAGAAAAGCCCAUUCCCUCUCAUUCUAUCGACGUCAUAUUGGGAUUGAGGAAAUGUUCAAACGAUUAUGAAUAUAUUUCCGGUACAGAAAUGGACUUUUUGAGAAGAUCUGCUCGAUGUUCAAAAUUAGAUAGAGUAAGAAAUGAGGACAUUAGGAAAAAAUUGGAAUAUCAAAAUUUUAUAGUCGACUAUAUUCAUAACAAACAAUUACCUGGAUAUGGCCAUGUUCGGAGAAUGGAAGAGGGUAGACCGGCAAAACAGAUAUUAGAAUGGAUCCCUGCGGGCAGAAAGAGGAGAGGAAGACCGGGGACUACGUGGAUAGAGGAGAUACAAAAAGCUUUGGAUCACAGGAGACUGACAGAGGAGGAGUGUCGAGACAGAAUAGAAUGGAGGAGAAAAGUUUGGGCAAGGGAAGAUGCUUAG